CAUUCAUCGCAGCAUUCCAUCUCGUCCAACAGGUUUGGAUAGUUGGUCCAAAACACCAUCGACAUCCUCAUCGUCAUUAUUGUUGGGCUGCCCGCAUUGGCCUUGGGACCAAGUUUUGCAUGUGCUCCAGACCAUCUCUCGUAUACUGUAUUUAUUAUUUGUUUGGGUCCCGCAUCAUCCCAUCCGUCAUCCCUCCCGGUUCUCAUUACAUACAAUUUAUUCCAUCUACACGCUGCCAUUUGCUGGCUCUCGAAGCCUAAAUUCCUACCAGCCGUUCCGACUUCCCUUGUCCGUGUACCGGUCCACCGCGCUCUCGUCCAUCAGGCCCCUCACCCGCUUGUCCUUAUUCGUGGUCUGCCUAGGAUCUCGGAUGCCAGGAAACUUUUUACAGAGCGAGCCUCAACCUCGUGCUUAGGACCUUUUGACACGCUCGCUUCAUUUCAGUGCCAGUUGACCAUGGCUCCAUCGGUCAAGCAACGCAAGAUCGCCAUCUUGGGAAGCCGCUCUGUCGGCAAGUCCUCCCUCACCGUGCAGUACUGCGAAGGCCACUUUGUCGAAAGCUACUAUCCUACGAUCGAGAACACGUUUAGCCAUGAGAUUGUAUACAAGAACCAGACAUUCCUUACCGAGAUCAUCGAUACUGCGGGACAGGACGAGUACAGUCUGAUGAACUCUAAGCUCUACAUUGGGAUUCAUGGAUACCUGGUUGUAUAUUCUGUUGCCUCCAGACAAUCUUUCGAGAUGGUCAGGAUCAUCAGGGACAAACUGCUCAAUCAUCUGGGAGCCGAUUCCGUGCCCAUCAUGAUCGUCGGGAAUAAGAGCGAUGUUGAUUCAGGUAGACAGAGAAAAGUCACAGCCGAAGAAGGUCAACAGUUGGGACAAGAGCUCAAAUGUGGUUGGAUCGAGACAAGCGCACGCAAUAAUACCAACGUCUCCAAAGCCUUUGAGCUGAUGAUUGCCGAGAUUGAAAAGUCUCAAGAGCCAGACAAACCGGCAGGUGGAGGCAAAUGUGUCGUCAUGUGAGACGUUGCAUGCCCACCUGUCAGGUAACGUAUCACGAGUAAUGGUGAAUGGGUGAAUGGGCGAUUGGGUGAUUGGAGGAUCUCAUGUUGGCAAUUUGGAUGAGGAGGAAAUCGUCUUUGGAGGUUUUAUCAGUCGAUCGCUGCAUUAGGGGAGUCUUGGGGCGGGAUGAAUUGUUUAUAUUGCUGGUGUUGUUGUAGACCUUCCAUGUGAAGAUAGAAUGGGAGAAGAGGGAGGGAUUUUGUGGGGGGUUAUGCCACCUGUAUAUUUUUGAUGUCACGAGUCUACUUAAUUUGAAGACGACAUUAUGGCUGUCGUAAAAGAGCUGAAAACUAAUUCAAGAUGUUGAUACAUGCC